AGCAGCCCCGUGCGCUUCCUUCACCGAAAGGAGUGAGCUUUGGUCGUGGAUGCCUUCCUAUCUCUGUCCUCAACCCUACUUGUGAAAAAGAUCAUCUUUGGCUGAUCUCGCGCCUGGUGAGUUGUAUUGGUAGUUCCUGGAUAAUUAAUGGGUAACUGCUGGGUCAGAGGGAAGACAUCCGUCUACGGAGUGUCAUCCAGUUCGAAGUCAGAAUGCCCAAGACUCCAGACACAUGUUGUGAGACAAGAGGAGAAGGAAGGUAGCAAACUGCCUUCAAACCCUGAGGAAGUUGAGGAUUUGCGACGGGAUACAGCAGUAAAUCCCCUCAUAGCCUUCACUUUCAGUGAGCUGAAGCUAAUCACAGGGAAUUUUAGGCAGGAUCAUGUUUUGGGUGUUGGAGGAUUUGGUAGAGUUUACAAAGGUUUGAUCAGCGAAGAUCUCAGGGAUGGGCUGCAACCCCUUCAAGUAGCAGUGAAAGUCCAUGAUGGUGAUAACAGUCAUCAAGGUCAUAGGGAAUGGCUGGUAUCCAUCUCCAAUAACUCAAUUGUUGGUUCUGUCUCACUACUAUAUUUUUGCUAUAACAAUAUGGUGUUUACAGGAUGA